CCACCUGCCCCCAGUCCAUUGCACCAGCCCCUUGCAGCUGGCCCCCCUCUUCUUGGCAUCGCUCGGACGUGUGCAGUUUUCCUUCGGCGAGGGCCAUCGAGGAGCAUCCUUGAUCAUUUGACGAAGCCGGGAACAAAAAAACACAGGGAAUGGACGUCCGAGCGAGGGCGAGUCUUGGGCCAGCCGCGAGGGCGGCCUCGGCUUGCCACGGGGGGCCCUCGUGGAGGCCGCGCCCGAGCAGGGCCUGCCCCUGCCGCGGCCGGGCGGCGUGCCGGGGAAAGCGGAGCACGGCCGCCGGGGGCACGCGGAGCAGGGGCGGAAGGCGCGGAGCAGGGGCAUGCACCUCACCGCGCCGCCGGGCUGGGUGCCGGAGGGUCGGCGGAAGAAGGGCAAGAAGCAGCGCGCGCUGGAGAAGGAGAGAUGGCCGGGAGAUUGCCGACCUCUCCCCGGCAGCUCGCGUUUCCGCAGACCUUCGCGCAGACCGUGCGGUUCACCGCGCCGAGGCCGUGGGAGUGGGCGGACGCGUACGGCGACGGCCAGGCCCCGGAGUUCCUCUGCGACAGCUGGGGGGCGGCGACGCUCGCCGAGGCGGCGGCGGCCGUCGGGCCUGGCGGCUUCACGUCGCGGCGCAGGGACCUUGGACUUCGAGGAGCGGGAGCGGAGGAUCGGGCCCCCGCCGAGGGCUGCCGAGGAGAGUUGCGGGCCGCCGAGGCGGCGAGGGAGCGGCGGGCGGGGGCCCCGCCGCGGGAGGCCGAGGCGGCGCGCGAGAAGCCCGCCGCUGCCCCGGGCUCGCCCGCCAGGCGGCGCCCGGGCCCCGCGCACGCCUGGCCGCCCUGGUCGAGCUCGGCCAGGCCCAAGCUCUCGGCGCUGCUGUCCCCGCGGCUGCCGCCCCUCGGCGCCGCCGCCGAGGCCGGCGCCGCCGCGGGCGCCGCGCGCUCGCGCUCGUGCG